AACAGCUUCCACGUCUUUCAAUAGGAUUUGCUCGAUUUGCGUCUGCCAUAAAAACAGAGUUUAGACUGUGUGAUCACAGUAAAUGAUGAAAGUUGAUCUACUUGACAGAACGUAAAAGCAAUGGAUGGGUCACAAAAUUCACAAGCCUCGAUGAACGACGAUGAUGUUCAAGUUAAUGGCGGUGGUCAACAACAGCCACAACARUCUCAGAAAAUUCUCCAAAAUACAACUCCUGCUUUUAUCCAACAUUGUGUUUAUCUCGUGGUUGGUAUUUUUGAGAAAUAUGGAUGGUUUAUAUUGAUUGGAGUGAUUGSCUUGGUCUACCUGUGGAAUAAGUUCAAACCACAAAUAACUAGAAUCAUCAAGAAAUGGCAACAUCAUCAAGACAUGAAAUCAUAUGAUCCAAUUAAAGCAGCUGAGGUCCAAGUAAAGAUGGAUGAGUCAAGAAGGAGAUGGCAAGAAGUAAUCGAUGCUAAGGCUGCUAAAUAURAAGAAGAAAAAAAGAAAAUGGAAGAGGAGAGAAGGAAAGAAAUGGUAGAAGAUUGGGAAAGGCAUAAAGAAGGGAAAGGAUAUCGCUCAAAGAAGUAUAAGAAAACUGAUGAUACAAGCCUUGCAGAGAAUAUGUUGAAGCCAAAAAAGAAGAAGCCUUUACGAGAUGAUGAUUAUAAUCCACUAUCAGGUGGUGGUGGAGGAUCAUGCUACCGACCAUCAAGACGAGGUGGUGGUGGUGGAGGAGGAUGAGGUUAAAUYCACACACAGAGAGACUCCUACCUGAAUAUCAAGUAGCAUCAUUUUGAUAUUAUUUGUAGAUUAAGUAAUAAAUUAUUCUUAAAUAGAAAGAGCAAAUGUCUUAAAUGACUUGUAGAUUGACAAAUGAAAUUGAUAAGGUAGGUCUUCGAGAAUAGAUUUUUUCAUUGCCUUUGUCAGUUGAUUACCAAAUGGCUAAUUGAAUCAUUUGCAAUUUGUACUUGUAAGACAUUUGUUCUGUUCUAUGACAAAGACAGAUAGAUUACAAUUUUGGUGGGAUAUAUAUCUCUGUGUGUUUUACACAAAUUAUGAUCUUCUUUGCUUUAUUUCUGCUUUGUGACAGAUUUUAUGAUAGUUUCUUUAUAAAUGCAGAUGGCUUGCAAUGAAGAAACUUGAUGCAACGAGAGGAUCAAUUAUUUUGACCAUUAAAUCAUAGUUUGAUAAAGGGUAUAAAACUAUGCUUAACUUGACAAUUUUAUGUGGUUUCUGUCAGCUUCAGACAUUUUGUAGAAAAUUUCUGUCACAAUCUGCUAUACAAACAGCAAACUCUAGAGAGAGACUAUGGCAGCUCUAUCCAAAUAUAAUUAAGAUAUAUAAUAUAAUAAAAAUUWUAGAAAUUCCAGUAAAUAUCAAUGUUUAUUUAUAUCAUCUAAGUAUUAAAGAUUAGAUUUACAAUAUUUUGCAGACAGUACUACUGGCUUAUAACAAACUUUUAUSACCUUCACCUUGAACGUUGGGUGUUAAAAAAAAUAUAAAAUGGCUGCUUGUGUCCUGCCCUUUGCUAAUUAUACAAGACUCAAGAAGCAACUAAAACAAUCUGUAUUCACAUCAGAAGACAGAGACAUGUGCAGGCAUUUUUUAUUUCUUAGAAUUGGUUGCAUAUGUGCAGUGAUGAAAGAAGUGCAUGCUCUCAUGCAGACAGAGUGAGCAGAAAGGACUGUAAUAGAAAUUAUGUACAGUAAAUAAUUAUUGUAUGAUUGUGUUCUUUAAAAUUUGGUGGCAUUGUUUUUAAGUAUGAGUUUAGAGGCUUGAUACAACGUUUUUKAGUUGAACUGAAUCUUUUUGUCUCAUUGAUAGAUUAUAACAAGUGAUUCUUGAUUGGAGGUUUAUUCCUCUUCCUUAUAAAGGAAAACUGAUUGAAGCAUGGAUACUAUGCAAAAGUUAA